AUGGAAGCCCCGAUUUCAAUGACUAUCAAUCCUGUGCCCUUGACUAUCAAACAUCCGAGCGCUCCUAUCAAUUGUCUGGCCUUCUCACCAAAUGGCAACGUGAUGGCGUCAGGAUCAGAUGAUCACAUGGUCCAGCUCUGGAAUCCAAAGACAGGUGUUCGUCUAAAGACACUUGAGGGCCAUAAGAAUCCUGUCAAUUGUCUGGCCUUCUCACCCAAUGGCAAGAUAGUGGCGUCAGGAUCAGGUGAUAACACGGUCCGGCUCUGGAAUGCAGAGACGGGCGCCUGGCUGAAGACACUCGAGGGCCAUAAGAAUCCUGUUAAUUGUCUGGCCUUCUCACCGUACGGCAACAUAGUGGCUUCAGGAUCAGAUGAUCACACAGUCCGGCUCUGGAAUCCAGAGACAGGCGCUUGGCUAAAGACACUUAAUGGCCAUGCAGAUCAUGUCACUUCUCUAGCCUUCUCACUAGAUAGCAAAAUGGUGAUGUCAGGAUCAGAAGAUGCAGACGUCCGUCUCUGGAAUCCAGAGACAGGCGACUGGCUAAAGACACUCAAGGUUGAAGAUGAUGUUUUAGUUGAUAUGGCCUUCUCACCGAAUGGCUGUAUAGUGGUGUUAGAUGACGGGAAAGGGCUUUUCCUUCGGUUAUUCUUAAGGACAGGCACUUCUCUAGUGACACUACGUGGCCAUAGGAAUAAUCUCACUUGUCUGGCCUUCACACCGGAUGGCACCAUGGUGGCGUCAGUAUCAGAUGAUGACACAGUCCGGCUCUGGAACCCAGAGACAGGCGAUUGUCUAAAGACACUAAGCGACGAUCACUAUUCUGUCUAUUGUCUGGCCUUCUCACCGGAUGGUGAGUUGGUGGCGUCAGUAUCAGGUGAUAACACGAUCCGGCUCUGGAAUACGAGGACAGUCGGUUGCCAAGAACUCGAGGGUCAUAGAGAUCCUGUCAAUUCUGUGGCCUUCUCACCGAAGGGCAACAUAGUGGCGUCAGGAUCAAAUAAUGGCAAGAUCCAGCUCUGGAAUCCAAAGACAGGCGAUUGGAACCCGGGAGUUGAGCAGUAUCAUGAGGAUCAUGUCAAUUCUCUAGUCUUCUCGCCCAAUGGCAACAUAGUGGCGACAGGAUCAGAUGAUAACCGGAUCCUCCUCUUGAACCCAAAGACAGGCGAGUUUCUAAACCGCCUCGAGGGACAUACGGAUCGUGUCAAUCCUCUAGCCUUCUCACCGGAUGGCAACAUACUGGCGUCAGGAUCAGAUGAUCACACAGUCCGGCUCUGGAACCCAGAGACAGGCGCUUGUCUAAAGAUACUCGAGGGCCAUAAGAAUCGUAUCAAUUCUUUAGCCUUCAGUGGUAAGACGGUGGCGUCAGGAUCAGAUGAUCAUACAGUCCGGCUCUGGAACCUAGAGACAGGCGCUUGUCUAAAGACACUCGAGGGCCAUAAGAAUCGUGUCAAACCUCUAGCCUGCUCGCCGGAUGGCAACAUACUGGCGUCAGGAUCAGAUGAUCACACAGUCCGGCUCUGGAACCCAGAGACAGGCGCCUGUCUAAAGACACUUGGGGGUGAUGUAGGCCAUGGGAAUCGUGUCAAUUGUCUAGCCUUCUCGCCAGAUGGCAAUAUACUGGCGUCAGGAUCAGAUGAUCACACAGUCGGGCUCUGGGAUCCAAAGACAGGCUUUUGGCUAAAAGUACUCGGGAGUCUGAGGGAUGGCCGUGAUGAUGGUCAUAAGCAUCGUAUCAAUUGUCUGGCCUUCUCACCGGAUGGCAAGUUGGUGGCAUCAGGAUCUGCGGAUAGAACAAUUCGGCUCUGGAAUCCACAGACAGGCUAUAAUCUGCAAACACUCGAGGGCCAUAGGGAUCGUAUCAAUUCUCUAGGCUUCUCACCGGAUGGCAAGAUCUUGGUGUCAGGAUCAGGUGAUCGCACGGUCAGGCUUUGGGCGUGA